GUAGCACUUUGUCAGUGACCAUGAGGCUGCUAGCGCUGGCGCUGCUGGCGGUUGCGCAGGCGCACGAAGACCCGCUCGUAGACCCGCUGUCCCGGCAACUGUUCGACUUCAAGGAAGAAACGAAGAAACCAAUCGGACUUCUUAGUACGAGUGCUGGGAAACCCGUUGACCUACGGGAAAUAAAUACCUUCAAUUCUGAUCUCUUAACAAAUCCGUUUUUCAUAGACGUUAUCAACCAUGUUGUCAACGAAAGAAUUCCGGAUAGAGAAGUGUUCGCCAAGGCCACCGGGGCUCACGGGUACUUCGAAGUAACGCAUGACGUCACUAAAUAUACUAAAGCUAAGCUUUUCGAGAAAGUUGGAAAGAAGACGCGAGUUUUGGCCCGAGUUGGAACGUCACAGAUAGACAAGGGUGGGAGUGACACCACCCGUGUCGCUGUAAGAGGAAUCUCCUUCAAGUUCUACACUGAGCAAGGCAACUUAGACUUCUUGAACAUUCAAAUCCCUGUCUACGUCUACAGAGAUCCUAUUCUCUUCGCCGAAGCAGUACAUGCAUUCAGGCCAAACCCUAAAACCUUGACAAGAGAUUUCACAGCAGCCGUCAACUUUGUAACAUUGAACCCAACAGCGUUGCAUGCUUUCUUGUGGCUAGUGUCAGAAAUGGGACUCCCCAAGGGUUUCAGACAUAUGAAUGUUUUCCCCAUUCAUGUAUAUGAGCUUUACAACAAGCACGGAGAGACAUUCUACGUCAGAUUCAAGUUCUUGGCAGAACUCGGCUACGAGCCCUUGAGCUUAGAGCAGGCAGACAAGCUCAGUGGGUCAGACCCCAACUUCUUCAUCAGAGACCUAUACAAUGCCAUUGAGAUGAAGCACUAUCCGGCAUGGAGGUUGGAAAUGGAUGUCCUGAACAAAGAUCUCAAGGACUUGAACUUUAACCCCUUCGAUGUAACCAGGAUUUGGCCUAACGGAACCUAUCAUACUGUGCCUAUCGGUCGUAUCGUUCUGAACAGAAAUGUCGAGAAUCAAUUCGCUGAAGUAGAACAAGCUGCUUUCAACCCUGCGAACCUGGUGCCUGGAAUCUUGAAUCCACCUGACAUGUUGUUCAAAGGAAGAGUUUUUGCCUACCAAAAUGCUCACACUCAUCGUUUGGGUGUUAACCACAACAAGAUUGAAGCAAACUGCCCACUGCACUAUGCUAAAACCUAUAAUCGGGAUGGAAAACCUCCGGUUCUUGACAACAUGAGAGAUGCACCCAAUUACUACCCUAAUUCGUUCAACGGACCUAUUGCUACUGUGGACGAAGCCAAGCCUACGUCGAGAGUGAUUCCAUACGAAAGCCAGUCAGUGUAUCUCGAAGAUUCUAGGCGUUUCUACAACUACGUACUGCACGAGGACUCCCAGAAGCAGCGGUUGAUUGACAACUUAGUAGAGCUGUCGCUUCGAAUUAAGACUCCAGUAGUUGAACAGUUUGUAGAGUUGCUUCUGAAGGUUGACAAAGAGUUGGCGAAACGUUACCUUGUGUCCUUAGAAAUUGCCAAGAAAACUAGGGAACUGCCUGCCACGGUGGAAGAUCUGAGAGAAGACGAGGACGACAUGAUGGCAAGGAGAAGGGAGGAAGAGAGACGGGCGGUAGAGAGAAUAUUGAAAGAAAAAGAGAUGAAGGAAAGAAGAGUUGACGAGAGAAGAAAGGUAGUUUACAAACAUGAAGAUUAAUACCUAAAUCUUCUUGACUCUUAACUGUAUUCUUUAUUCUUUUUAUCGUUUUUAUUCAGAAAAUCUAUAAAA